AUGGAACAAGCAAACGAACUAAAGUUCAUAAGGGGUGCAUGUGUCUCUCAAAUUGUUAGCAGAGAAAAUAAACGUUUUACCGUUACAAACUUACCUACUCGGGCAACAAUAUUAGUAGAGAAACAAGAACACGAAAAUGACCGCAUAGCAUUUCCUUUAUAUACCAAAUAUCUUGAAAAUCAACAUAAUUCCCAAGUGGAUCACAGCUGUAUGCCUGAAAAAAUUUCCCAAAAGCAAAAAAAUCUCAAGUUGAUGGAUACGGAGGUUAUUCAAAAUGAACUCUGCGCAUCAAAGGAAGAAUCAAAGAAUAUUUUGAAGUUCAAUAGUUCACCUGACUUCUUGGCCCCUGAAAAAGAAAGGGAAAGCUCAUGUCCCGAGUUGAAAGCAGUAGAUAUUCAAGAAUUAUUAGAAGAGGAUAUAUUGUUCAAUCGAAACCCGUUUCUUAAGGGCCAGUUAAAUUUUAGAAAUAUUGGCUUAAGAUACACAUUUGGGAAUAAUAAAGUAACUGGAGCAGUGCAGCAGAUUUCAGGGGCCAAUGAACUCUUUUCAAAUUCUUUUACUCUGUCGUUACAAUCUUUUCAAGCGUACGCGGAAGCUACUCAAGAUCAGUCUCUUAGAGAACUAACACAUCUAAAUAACAACCUCCUUCACGUGCAAUAUCUACACACCAUUAACUCAGGAGACAUUGAGAGAAAAUAA